AUGGCACCCGUGCCCGCGUCAAUUCCGGCGCCAACACAGAAAGUCGAGGAUCCAUACCUUGUCGCGUUCGACCCAUCCUUCGACGUCGACAAUCCCAAAGACUGGCCAUCGGGCCGCAAAUGGGCAGUCACCGACGUCCUCUCCGCAACAGGCUUCAAUCGCAUCAUGGUUAGCACCAUUAUGGCGCCCGCACUCUCAACAAUCGCUCAUGAAUUACACAUGAGCUCAACUGAAGCAGUCAUGGCGCUAUCUAUCUACCUCCUAGCAACUGCUUUCGGACCCCUAGUCAUUGGUCCGUUGAGCGAAGUAUACGGGCGGAAGACGAUACUGCAUGCAAGUAAUGUUUGGUUCUUGGUGUGGAAUAUCGUAUGCGGAUUUGCGAAGACGAAAGAGGUGUUGGUUGCGGCUAGAUUCUUGGCAGGGUUUGGUGCGAGUAGUAUCUAUGCGUUGGCGGGCGGGGUGUUGGGUGAUGUGUGGAGACCCGAACAAAGGGGUCGGUCGUUGGGCAUGUACAUGCUCAUUCCGUUGCUUGGUGCUGCUGUUGGUCCAAUCAUCGGUGGCUUUAUGGCGUUCCGCACAACCUGGCGUUGGAUGUUCUGGUCAACUUCGAUUUUCCAGGCCGUCAUGAUCGCUGUCUCAUUCACUGCGUUCCACGAGACGUACGCUCCAACCAUACUAACCCGCCGAGCCGCCAAACUUCGCAAAGACACUGGUGAUCAGCGCUACUACAGCGAACACGAACGCAAAAUUGUCGACAGAAGCUUGAUAUCGAUCCUGGGUCAGGCACUCACCCGUCCGAUUCGGUUGCUCGCUUUUCAUCCCGUCGUUCAGAUCACAGGAGUUAUCUCGGCGAUCAGCUACGGCAUUCUAUACAUCGUCUUGGCUACCUUCGCGAGCCUAUGGACGAAACAGUACCAGCAAUCGGUCGAAAUAAGCGGUCUGCACUACAUCGCCGUUGCGCUCGGCGAGGUCGCUGGCAUGCAGAUAGGCGCACCGAUCAUGGACCGUUACUACCGUCGUAUGCAAGCGCGGCAUCCGGAUGGCGAGCUGGCACCGGAACAUCGCAUCCCACUUAGUUUUCCGGGUGCUUUUAUUGCCGCCAUUGGUUUCAUCAUCUACGGAUGGACGGCUCAGUAUGGAGUCCACUGGAUAGCCGUCGACGUUGGCAUCUUCAUCGCUUCGUUCGGGAUGCAAUUUGCAGGUAUGGCGCUACAAGCGUAUACUAUGGAUACAUAUUCCGAUCAUACUAGUAGCGCGCUCGCUGCAACGCAAUUUUUGCGUAGCAUGACUGCCUUCUUAUUUCCCCUUUUCGCGCCGGACAUGUACAAUGUUAUGGGAUAUGGGUGGGGGAAUACUGCUAUAGGCCUUCUUCGGCUGAUCUGUGGGUUCGCACCGUUGGCAUUAUGGUUCUGGGGCGCAAAACUGAGGAAGAGGAUACAGUCGACGGAAUGA